AAAAAACAAGCUGCUGGAAGAAACUGGGAUGCAAAUACAAGGCACCCACUUCAACAAACUUCAUUUGAGAAGGCAAGCUUUCCAGACGCUUCAUUUAAAGUAAGUGCUUUGUGACAGUAACUCCCAAUUCUAACAAAAGUGGACAACAAAGUCCGGCUGUGGAACAUCUGUUUAAGAUUCAGCAAAUUUCCGACUGGAUGUCAGGCGCUGCUUGAAGAAAGUGGUGCUCGUAUCACCAUGAUCUUCCUUGUUCUGGUUGUCUGGAUUACUCCCUGUAUGGCUAAUCAAUUUCUCAGUAGCUUUGUAAAAGCAGAACUCCAGAAAAGUUCCAAGCAAGUGAUCUGCAGUCUCCCAGGACCACCAGGACCUCCAGGUGCUCCCGGAGCUCCGGGUGCUCCUGGGAAUAUAGGAAGGAUGGGUUUCCCAGGAACAGAUGGACAGGAUGGAAAAGAUGGAGAGAAAGGAGAGCCAGGGGAAGAAGGUACCCAAGGCAGGACAGGAAAUCCAGGCCAACCAGGACCAAAAGGGAAACCAGGAGCCAUUGGCAAAGCUGGUCUCCGUGGUCUAAAAGGCACCAAGGGAAACCCUGGAAAAAGUGGAGGGUCUGGAAAGAAAGGGCCCAGAGGAGCCCGUGGAGACUCUGGGAUGUCUGGCCCUUGCAACUGCAGGGCCAAGAAAGCCAAGGCAGCUUUCUCUGUUGCCGUGACCAAAAGUUACCCAAAAGAGAGGUUGCCAAUCAAAUUUGACAGGAUCCUCAUGAAUGAAGGUGGAAAUUACAACGCUUCCAGUGGGAAAUUUAUAUGCAGCAUCCCCGGCAUCUAUUAUUUCACUUACGAUAUCACGCUGGCCAAUAAACACUUGGCUAUUGGGCUGGUGUACAAUGGUCAGUACAGAAUAAAAACAUUUGAUGCCAACACCGGGAACCAUGACGUUGCUUCUGGAUCGACAAUCCUUUCCCUGAAGCAGAAGGAUGAGGUCUGGCUGCAGAUAUUUUACUCAGAACAGAAUGGGCUGUUCUAUGAUCCCUACUGGACAGAUAGCCUCUUCACUGGCUUUCUGAUAUACGCUGAUCAGGAUGAUCUCAAUGAAAUAUAGGGGAGACUGCCAACCCCAACAAACCUAAUGGGAGACGAGAGCAUGAAAAAUUAUGUUGAUCUGUGCAAAGUCCUUCAGCUGCAAAAGCAGACCUAAGUGGACAGUGGCCCAAAGCUCCUGCAAUAUUUAUAUAAUUAGUCUAAACCUUUGGGUUUCUUUGUCUCAGAUAGUGCAGAUGGUUAAAGAAUCAUUCUUUUCCACAGACAUAUAUUCACAAAUGAUUUAUAAAAGAGAGGGAAGGGAAGAAAUUUUUUUUAUUGAAGUAUAUGAUUCCAUUAUUUGAAAGGGAAGUCUUGUGCGGUCCUCAAUAUACAUAUUGCUAUGAUUACUAUCAGUGUCCUUUUCUGCAAAACACAAAACAAAGAAUUGUUACCCUAUACCAACCAACACUGAUGUUCCUUCUUUAGAGCAGAAAGAGAUGCCUACGUUGCGCUGUAAAUGAUAGUCAGCUAUUACUUAAAGUAAAACUGAAUUUAUCUGCCUAGUUUCUGAUUGCCUGCAUGGAAGGACAAUUGCCUCUGAGAGUUUCAGGAAUGUCCUUUUCAACAAUGCUAUCUUUAAUCAGGGAAGCCAGAGAUGUCUCUGGAAAUCUUCUGCUGUAAAGCAUGUGCUCCAUUGCUAGAACUAUGUGGUCUCUCCCCUAAAAUCAGAACACCACUACAUAAAAUUCCUCUUGAUCACUGUGCAUGUCCUUAAUAACAUCAAAAGGAUCUGAUGUGCUAAAAAAAUGUAGUGUUACUUUUUUUUUUUAAUUCAUUCAAUCAUGUCCAAUUCUCAGAGACUGC